GCUGACGGUUUUCGGAUCCUGCUCCCCCUCGCCGAGUGAGAGAUGGCGAGCCUCCUUUUUUUCUUCUUCCCUGGCUCUGACGGAUAAACGAAGAUGUCUUGAUGAUGCUCUGACGUCGGUCUACCUUAUGAUGGUUGGUUUCAGGUGGUCGACACUUGUGGACCAUAUAAAAUCAUAUUAAUAUCUCUUGGAGCUUGCACCGCAAAACUUAUGUAUAUAGCUAAUAAUCAACUUGAAUCGUCAUAGUUGCAGAGAGCACAGAGCACAGAUUAAUACAGAAAAGGCAGCAAGAAAAACGAAGGGAAAAACCGAAGAAUCAUGGGUACCGAGGGAGAGCUGGUCCGAGACCUGGCGCAGCUGACGCGCCGGGACGUGGCGCUGGUGGGGGGAAAGAACUCGUCGCUGGGCGAGAUGAUCGGGGCGCUGACGGCCGAGGGGAUCGCCGUGCCGCCCGGGUUCGCGACGACGUCGCGGGCGUACUGGCUCUUCGUCGACGCCAACGGGAUCCGGGACCAGAUGGGCCGGCUCCUGGCCGCGUGGGAGCGCGGCGAGGCGAGCCUGGCCGAGACGGGCCGGGCGGUGCGCGCUCUCUUCCUCGGCGGGAGGUGGCCGGUCGAGGCCGAGGCGGCCGUCCGGGCUGCCUACCGGGACCUCUCGGCCAGGUCCGGGUCCGGGUCCGGGUCUGAACAAGGGCAAGGGGUGUCAGUGGCGGUGCGGUCGAGCGCGACGGCCGAGGACCUGCCGGACGCGAGCUUCGCCGGCCAGCUCGAGUCGUACCUGAACGUGACGGGGGAGGAGGCGGUGCUGAGGGCGUGCCGGCGGUGCUACGCCUCGCUCUUCACCGACCGGGCCAUCAGCUACCGGCGGGCGCGCGGGUUCGACCAGUCGGGCAUCGCGCUCUCGGUCGGGGUGCAGCGCAUGGUGCGGUCCGACGGGGCCGGCGCCGGCGUCAUGUUCUCGCUCGACACCGAGAGCGGCUUCGACAAGCUGGUCCUCAUCAACGCCGCCUGGGGGCUGGGCGAAAACGUCGUCCAGGGGACCGUCAACCCGGACGAGUACCAGGUCUUCAAGCCGCUCCUGGACGACCCGGGCCUCGUGCCCAUCAUCGACAAGAAGCGCGGCGACAAGGCGGUCAAGAUGAUCUGCCAUAGCGGCGGCGGCAGCAGUGAAGAAGAAGAGGAAGGGAAAGGAAGGGGAAGGGGAAGGGGAAGGAAAGAAGCAAAAGAAGAAGUCGAAGAAGAAGACGCAAGACGGACACGCAACGUGCCGACGUCCAAGGCGGAACGGGAUGCGCUGGUGCUGAGCGACGACGAGAUCCUGCAGCUGGCGCGCUGGGCCUGCACCAUCGAACGGCACUACGGAUGCCCGAUGGACAUGGAAUGGGCCAAGGACGGCCCCGGCGGCCCCCUGUUCGUGGUGCAGGCCCGGCCCGAGACGGUGCACUCGCGGGCGCGGGCCCGGGGGGAGGCGGCCGUGCUCCGGACCUACUCGGUGGGCAACAAGGGCGCGGUGCUGUGCCGGGGCCUCUCGAUCGGCGGGGCGGCGGUGGCCGGGCGGGUGUGUCUGAUCGAGCACGCCCGGGACAUGGACCGGUUCGAGGACGGGUCGGUGCUGGUGACGGGAGCCACGGACCCGGACUGGGUGCCCGUCAUGAAGCGGGCGGCCGCCAUCGUGACGGACCACGGCGGCCGCACGUCGCACGCGGCCAUCGUCAGCCGCGAGCUGGGCCUGCCCGCCGUCGUCGGCACGGGAAACGCCACCUACCUGCUGCACACGGGCCAGGACGUGACCGUCUCGUGCGCCGAGGGCGACGAGGGCUUCGUCUACGCCGGCCUGGCCGACAUCUCGGCCCGCACCGUCGACCUGGCCGCCCUGCCGCCCGCCCGCACCCGCGUCAUGCUCAACCUGGCCAACCCGGCCGCCGCCUACCGCUGGUGGCGCCUCCCCGCCGACGGCAUCGGGCUCGCCCGCAUGGAGUUCGUCAUCGCCAACGCCAUCCGCGUCCACCCCAUGGCCCUCGUCCGCUUCGACCGGCUCCGGGACGCGGCCGCCCGCGAGGAGAUCGCCCGUCUGACCGCCGGCUACGACGGCCAGAAGGGGGGGGAUGAUGAUCGCCCGGGAACCGGAACCGGAACCGGAACCGGAACCGGAACCGGGACCGGGACCGGGACCGGCGGCAAGACCAAGCCCGACUACUUUGUCGACCGGCUGGCUCACGGACUGGCCGCCCUCUGCGCCGUCGUGUGGCCCCGGCCGGCCGUCAUCCGCAUGAGCGACUUCAAGACCAACGAGUACGCCGGCCUGGUCGGCGGGGCCGAGUUCGAGCCGGCCGAGGAGAACCCGAUGCUGGGCUUCCGGGGCGCGUCGCGCUACUACUCGCCCCGGUACCGCGAAGGGUUCGCGCUCGAGUGCCGCGCCGUCAAGCGGCUGCGCGAGCGGAUCGGCUUCGCCAACGCCGCCGUCAUGAUCCCCUUCUGCCGCACCCCGGACGAAGCCGACCGGGUGCUGGCCGUCAUGGCCGAGAACGGGCUGGUCCGGGGCGAGAACGGGCUGCGGGUGUACGUGAUGUGCGAGAUCCCCUCCAACGUGAUCCUGGCGGCCGACUUCGCCGCCCGCUUCGACGCCUUCUCCGUCGGCUCCAACGACCUGACCCAGCUGACCCUCGGCGUCGACCGCGACUCGGCCGACCUCGCCGGCCUCUUCGACGAGCGCGACCCGGCCGUCCGCUGGAUGAUCGCCCGCGCCGUCGACGCCGCCCACCGCGCCGGCCGCCCCGUCGGCAUCUGCGGCCAGGCCCCGAGCGACCACCCGGCCUUUGCCCGCUUCCUCGUCGAGGCCGGCAUCGACUCCAUCUCCGUCAGCCCCGACAGCUUCCUCGCCGUCAAGCAGCACGUCGCCGCGAGCGAGGCCGCCCUGGCGCGUGACGUGAACAGAUAGCCAUUUUUUUCUUUUCUUUUUUCUUUGAUUAUUAUUAUUAUUUACGUCUGAAAUCAGGUAAUUAAUCACGGGGGUAUUUCAAUAAAGAUGGUGGCUUGUAUGUAUGCACCUACGAUACGAGAUUGUUUUUUAUUAUUAGGUGCAGAGGUACGGUAAUUAUUAUUAGUACACAGAAGGGCGUCAUCAAGU